GUGGCCACAUGAAAGCACACAUGAAAACCAACUCGUGCCUCUAAACCAUUUUUCUUUUUCAUUUUUUUUUUUCGUCUUUUGUUUAAAUUAGCAUCUUAUUGAAUAAUAAUUUGUCUGAACUAGCAUAAGAUGUAGCCAACAUUUUCCAACUACAUCUGCAGCCUCUACAGUUGCUUUUCUUUUGACAAAUUGGAAAACAACUGGAUUUUUCUUUUCUUCCUUUCUUUUUUCAUACCAAAACACAUUGAUGAGCAGAUGUGACUCAAACGCAGCUCUCUGCUGAGACUGGACGCAGCGGUCCCUCGUGUUGGGGCUCUCCGCUUACAUUAUUCAUACGGAGGAGGGUGUGACUUGUUGGCUCUUUUUCCGCCUGUAUAAAGCGAGAAGUUCGCGCAAAAGAAAAUACAGAUGGAGAAGGCUAGCCGGCUCGCUGUGUCACAGAGAGUCCCCUUAAGCCUAUGUGACAACUCCCAUACUGUCCCUUUACCAGCUUAUUCAACAUAAUGCCCGGUCUCUGUGUGCUUUGUCUUGUGGCCGCGUUGGCUGCAUUCGCCCGGCUCGCCGGCACGGUGGGACCGGUGGUUCGAUGCGAGCCUUGCGACGCCAGCGCGCUGCUCCAGUGCAAGCCGCUGCCGAAGGACUGUGCGGAAAAGGUGAGGGAGCCCGGCUGCGGCUGCUGCAUGACGUGCGCCCUCGGCGAGGGACAGGCGUGUGGAGUGUACACGGCGCGCUGCGGCUCCGGCUUGACCUGCCAGCAUCAGCCCGGAGAGAGCCGACCUCUGCAGGCUCUGCUAGAGGGGCGAGGACUGUGUUCCAGCGCCGCGUCAAAAAAACUCAACAGCAUUCUCAUACCUGCACCAAAACAAGAAAAUGCUGGAAACCACGUUGAAGACUGUGCCAACGUGACCCAGAUGAUGACAGUGAUGCCUAGCAUGGCAACCGUGAAAGGUGGGCACAGUCAGCCAUCGAUGGAAACCAGACCUCCACUUCACAACAAACUGAUCCAGAAGGCUCAGAACAGGAAGACGCAGAGCUACAAGGUGGAAUCGGUGCCAGGAGGAGCCAUUAUGGACAUGCACAACUUCUCCCUGGAGAACAAGAGGGAGACCGAGUAUGGGCCAUGUCGUCGAGAGAUGGAGAGCAUCCUGAACAGUCUUAAAAUCAGCAACGUGCUCAACCCGAGAGGCUUCCGCAUACCCAACUGUGACAGAAAAGGUUUCUACAAGAGAAAACAGUGCCGUCCAUCCAAAGGCAGGAGACGGGGCUACUGCUGGUGUGUGGACAAAUAUGGCCAAUCUGUGCCCGGCUACGACGGCAGGGAGCGGGGUGAGACCCAGUGCUACAACCUGGAGAACAAAUGAGAGCACGGACAGAUGACGUGUGGCCAGAGAGAGGAAAAAAAAAAACAUCAGGGGAGGAGAAGGGAGGAAGACAGAGAAAAAGAACGGAAGAAAAAAAGAAA